UCUAAGCUUAACCCACGAAGGAGACAAUGGAGGUGCUCCUCGCCGUCCUCCUCCUCUUGUCCGUUGCCAUUCUUCUCCAGCAAAGCACAAGGAGGUCCCGUGCUCAGACGGCCCUCCACAAGGUCGUCGACACAGCCGCCGCCCACCGUGCGCUCAACGAGAAGGCCAGCGCGUUCUCGAACCGCCCCGUCGCCAUCUUUCCGGUGGUCCUGGCCACCGGGCUUCACGGCGAACGGAACGAGAACAUAACCACGGUCAAGUACGGCGCCCACUGGCGCGCGCUCCGGUGCAACCUCAUGGCCAAGAGCCUGCACCCCUCACGCCUCGCUUCCCUCGCCCCGAUGCAACGGGAGGCCAGCCGGGCCCUCGUCGCCGACCUGUCCUCACUACUGCUGGCCGGCGAGGGCGAGGUGGUCGUCGCCCGCAACCGCAUCAACGCCGCCGUUUUCGGGCUGGUCGCGCGCCUGUGCUUCGGCGACGGCGUCGAUGCCCGUGACGUGCGCGCCAUGGAGCUGGUGAUACAGGACUUUAUCAUCUCCAUGGGGGAGCUCAACCCCGUUUUCGACGGCACGAUGCUGUGCAAGGUCAUGAACUGGAGGCGGCUUGGCCGGCUCUUCGCCUUCCUCGCCCGGCAGACGAAGCUGUUCCUCCCCCUCAUCAACGCGCGAAGGCGGCCCGAGUCUCGAGCCUGCACCGCCGGCGGCGGCGUCGAACCGUACGUCGACUCACUCCUUGAUCUACGCGUCCCCGAGCCCGACGACGAUGCUAGCGGCAAGCAGGGCAACGACGCCCGGCGCGAGCUCCGGGACGACGAGCUGGUGAGCCUCGUGUCGGAGUUCCUCGGCGCCGGCUCGGGUUCGGUCGUGGCCAGCUUGGAGUGGACCCUCGCCCACCUCGUGGAGCAGCCGGACGUCCAGGAGAAGCUGCGACAGGAGAUCAUCGACUGCCAGAAAAGUAAUAUUGGCGGGGUUAUCUCCAGCAAGACCCUCCGCGGCAUGCCGUACCUGCACGCCGUGGUGAUGGAGAGCCUCCGCAUGCACCCACCGGUGCCGUUCAUCCUGCGCGGCGUCCACGGCGAGGGCGCUGCGGCGGUCGGCGCUACGAUGACGGCCGUGCCGGCCGACGGCCUGAGGGUACAGUUCGUGGUCGGCGACAUCGGGAGGGACGGCAAGACGUGGACCGACCCGGACGAGUUCCGGCCGGAGCGGUUCCUGGCCGGAGGCGAGGCGGAGGGCAUUGGCCCGACGCCGGGACCCAAGGAGAUCCGAAUGAUGCCGUUCGGGGCGGCGCACAGGCACUGCCCCGGGUCGAGCCAGGCUAUGCUGCACAUCAAGUUCUUCCUGGCCGCGCUCGUGCACGAGUUCGAGUGGGCGUCGCCGGCGGAGGACUGCAGCGUCGACCUGACGGAGCUCGACGGCUUCUUCAAGGUGAUGAAGAAACCGCUUUCGGCACGCGUCACCCAGCGCACCCAAGACAUGUAAAUCUUGACAUUUAUGUACGUACACGUACAUGCCAAGUCGUUGUCACGUACUUAUAUAUAUGUUCUCCCUUUAUGUCAAGUUGAGGGUAUACUUUUAUGUAACAUGCAUGUGCUAACGAUGGAGAUGGAUUUUUUCUA